AAAUUAACGGCAGAAUGUAAAUUUUAGGAUCAAGGUCACUGUUAUGCUCCGAUUAGCUGAAACAUCAAAAGGAAUGGUCGAGCGGAAGAUGGCAGCAUGGUAAAUACUUGUGACUUGCAGAUGCAAAUACUGGUAUGUACCUUUUGAAAGAGAGAUCGUGAAUAUACCUCACCUGGUCGGCACCAAACAGAACUAUAAAACGAAGAGUUUCACCUGGUCGGCACUAAACAGAAAUAUAAAACAAAGAGUUUCACCUGGUCGGCACUAAACAGAACUAUAAAACGAAGAGUUUCACCUGGUCAGCACUAAACAGAAAUAUAAAACGAAGAGUUUCAUCUGGUUGGCACCAAAAAGAAAACGAAAACGAAGAUUUUCACAGUGUCAUUUACUCAAAGGUGUUAUUUAAAACAAAAAGUGCCAGCGGAUGAUCAAUUAGAACCUCCCAUCAUAAUGGGGAGAAGAUUCCGGAAAAUAAAAUUUGCUGCAUAUAAUGAACUAUUUUAUAUAUUCAUUGUUCUCGUAUUUUGCACAAUAAUUAGUACGAUUUUCUAUCACAUGAUUUUGAUAACAAAGACUCAGAGUAAGAAGGCUGUGGGAGGUCGCCGUGUCCUUACCGCUAACGCGAAUCCCGUUGAAACAGUGAUUGCCACCAAAACCGUCAACACGGAAAACCUUACAACGAGGCCACAGCUAUGUGACAAAUGCUUCUUGCAUAACUUUACCCUUCUCCUUGAUAAUGAAGAUAUUUGUAACACUGCAGAAGAAUCGGGCUACGAGGCGGAUAUAGACGUGUUGAUAUUGGUAACGACUACGCAUGCGCAUUAUAGUCAGCGUGAAGCUAUGCGAACGUCAUGGCUUACAGACACUAAAAACAACAAAGGGAAUGUUCGAUAUGCCUUUUUAUUAGGAAUAUCGGCAAGUCAGACAGAGAAUGUACAAAUAAAGCAGGAGAAUGGCAUCUAUCAUGACAUAUUGCAGGAAAUUUUUAUCGAUUCCUACAAAAAUCUGACGUACAAAACAAUGAUGGCGUUGAAAUGGGCUAAAACAAGGUGUGCACAUGCCUGGCAUAUCUUGAAAACUGACGAUGAUGUGUACGUCAACAUUCCAGGCCUUUUGAAGUCUUUAAAAACGCAUGCAAAAGCUCUACUCUCUGCUGUAGGUGGUACAUGCCCAAACAUGGCUUUCCCGGUCAGAGACAAGGACUCUAAGUUUUAUGUCGACAUAGAAACCUACCCUGGCAAGUAUUAUCCUACUUACUGCUCGGGAACGGCAUAUAUCAUGAGCAUGACUGUCGCCAAAUGUGUUUUAGAAAUUUCUGAAAACAUCCCGUUUUUUCCUAUUGAGGAUAUUUACAUUGCUUUUUGUAUACAUAAACUUGGCUUCCGUUUUGUAAAUAUUGGGGGCUUUCAUCGAUUCUUUAUAACUCCAAAUAUGUGCAAUUAUAAAUCCGAUUGGUUUGUGACGUCACAUGGCGUGAAUCCGCAACUGGUAAAAGACGUGUGGAAGACCAUUUGUUAAAAACAUGUAAAAUUGGAACUAGGAGUAACCCUGCCAUGGUGUAAAUGAAAUACGAGUUUAACAUUUAGUAUGUGUUGAAAUUUGCAACGUCACAAAGAAAAUGGUUGACGCAUUUUCUAUAUUUUUUGGAAUAUUUUGACAUAAAUAUUAAUUCCUUUUACCUUUAAUAUCGUCAAAUAUGGACAAAAUGGACAAGGAUUCAGUGAAUGUUUACUUCUCUUUUCCUGUUCUGACUUUGCUGAAUUUUUGAAUAGGUGCUUCAUUACUUCUUAUUUGUAGUCUACCAUAAUCAAAGGAGGACCAUCGUACCUAAACAUUUAUCAAAAUUAAG